GUUGAUAUGUUUCCUUAAAGAUCUUUGCCUUGAAAUAAAUUUGUCUUUUGUUUGAAGACGCCGCGUCACAGUUUAGAUUUAGGAGGAUAAAUGAAAUUUGAGUUUCUAAUGCUGCGUUGUCACCAUUAGCUUAGCAUAGUGGAUAUAAUAUAUACAUGUAGUUAAAGAUGAUAAACAAAAGCUUCAAUUGUUUUAUAUUUAACUUGCAGCCAUUAGGACCAAUAUGCAUUUAUCUGUGUGUGUGUGUUUAUUUGUAUUCAUCAUGAGUCAGUCAGUCAUUGUAUGGCCUUCUGCUUUUUAUAACCAGGCUUUAAGUAAGAGCUCGUUACUCCAAUCAGGUUAAUCCAACAGAAUGCUCUGUCAGAGUCUUUGCCAGUUCUGAAUGUAUUGACUCAGGGCCUCUGGGGAAAAAAACAAAACAUUUGAAUGAUCUCAUUACUAACAUUUUCUUAAGAUAAGGCCAUUUAAUGUGUCUGUUAAUGAUAACUGUAGGAGACCAAGUCUAAGUCUGAGUUAAAUUUGACCAGCCAGGCUUCUGUAGCACACACAGUUCCUGUGUCAUGAACUUUUCUUUGUCAGACGAUUUGAAAUGUAAAUGUAAAAAGUGUAAACUCCAAACCAGAAUAAACAAUUAAAUUAAAUGAGUUAAAUUAAAUGUAAAUAUGUAGUUGAUGAUCUUUAAUAAAAACAUAGCCAAGGAAAUGAAAAAAAAAUGUUCGUGUUCAAUUUAGCUAUGUUUAGAUUUUAAUAAACAUUAAGGAAAAUUAAAGCAUAUAAGCAAAUAGUUGGUAUAAAUAAGGGCUGAAAAAAAUAACUAAAAUCACAUGUUAGGAACUAAAGUUAGAGUAAAAAUAGACUAAACUCACAUUGAUAAGGAGUGAGCGCCCAGAGCUAACGUGAUUAAUCUUUAGAAGAAUUACUGUUUCAAAGAAAGAAAAAGGCAGUACACUUCUCAGAAAUCACAUAAUCUCAUGUUUGUCCAGGCGACACUAAAAAAGAGCAUUCAUUUCAGUUGUUCACCAAAGUUAUGAGGGGGUGAACGGGAAUUUCACACUAAACAAUAAAAUGAGUGCUUGUUCUUACAUCACAUAUUCCUGUCCUUGGGCUUUACCACGGGUGGAUCAUGAGGCCUGAAUCAAAGUGGGCCUUCAAGAAUGUGCUCACCUAAAUUCACUUUAAAAACCCUGAUUUCACCUCUAGGGCCUGUUAACUGGAGGUCAUGAUGAGCGGGCUCACAGUUUGUGUUUGUGUAGCAGAGAUGUUGAGAACACUCUCACAUGUACUGAGGCUGCAGAGCUGAUGUUUUGUGUUUGUGUUGACAGCAUGAUGCUGUUGAUGCUGCUGUGCCUGUUUCCUCUGGCAGGCUGCAGGAGAGCUGCCAUGCAUAAUAUCCUGUUUAAGGGUAAGGUUGACCGCGAGUCAGUUGCCAUGGCAACAAGACCUUAUAUCUACAAAUGUCGUUCACCCAACAUGGAGGACUUCACCUGCUGGUGGCUGCCACUGGAGAACCUGACAGAUAGAGAGGAGGCGUCCUACAUCCUCACCUACUCCAUAGAAAAGGGUCCAGUCCAGGAGUGUCCAGACUACACCAGCGCUGGUUCCCACAGCUGCCACUUUGACAAGAGCCAUACCAGUGUGUGGAAAAUCUACUGUAUGAACGUGACGGCUGUCACCACCUACAGGAACUACACCUCUCUGCAGCACUGUGUGGAUGUAGCAGAUAUAGUCCAGACAGAAGCUCCGGUGAAUUUGACUCACACAAUCGCAGAUGCUGGCGGUGAUGAAACGGGCCACAAGAUAAACCUAACCUGGCAGUACCCCGUGCCCUCUCACCUGCAGUACGGCUGGAUCACUCUAGUGUAUGAGCUGCAGUACAGGCGAGAGGCUGAACCAGACAACUGGAAGGUGAAGUAUCCACUGAGCGAGCCUCAUGUGCAGCUGCUUGGUCUGCCUGUGGACAACUACGUGGUCAGAGUUCGCUGUCGUUCUCAAAACUACGGCCUGUGGAGCAACUGGAGCUCCUCAAACCUGAUGACUAUUCCAUCCAAGACAGCUACAGGAAAACUGUUGAUUCUCAGUCUGCUGACAAGUGUCAGUGUGGUGGUGCUGCUAUUGAUUGGUGCAGGUGUUGCUCCACAGAGUAAAAGAUUGAAGGACUUCUUGCUGCCACCAAUCCCCAAACCAAAGAUCAUCGGCAUUGACCCACUGCUCCUGAAGAAGGGACAACUGGAUGAAAUCAACCGUCACCUCAGUAACUUCCACAGCUAUAAACCCCCAAGCUACAAAGAGGAAAUGUGGGAACAGAUCAGCACUGACAGCAUAUAUGUUUCCACACUGAAGGACAUUAGUCCUCUGACAGACUCCUCACCCAAGGAGCAGGAGGAUUCCUUUGUGGUUCCAUGUGAGGUUAAGCCGGUAGCUGCAAGUCUUCAGUUUCCAACCAAAAACCCGACCUCAUAUGUGCAGAGCCUGCCCCACUAUGGCCCCACGCCUCCUGAAGGCUACGCUCCAUCCAUGAAGUCCGACCUGUCGCCACUGCCCAACUACAACAGACUGGAACCUGACAACUCUUUGACUCCUCACAGCAUCACAGCCAUGCAGACUCCAGGGGAUUUUUACACCUGUGUCCAGUACGUCAAAGGCUGCCAAGAGAUGCACUUGGUGCCGUUCAUGACAACGCCAUACCAUGCGGCGUUCCCACCACUGCUGAGUGGUAACGUAGACCCAGUGAAGAUAGACGAGGAGGAGAAAGAGAGGAAGGUGAUAUUUGCUGAAUACCAGGCUAGGAAUGAUGGGAAGGAUGGCAGGGAGGCAGAAAGGAGUGAAGCAGCAGUUCCACUGUUGGCCGGAUCUACAGAUAUCAUAAGCUAAAACACAACUACCUUUAAAGGCUACAGAAUGUCCUCUUAGUAUGGACACUGUCCUCAGGUGGAGGAGAGAGAGUCAGCUGACCCUGUGCUUAAGAACAACUUCUCUGUUUUUGAACAUUCAUACUGAAAACUCAAGAAGUCUUUUCUGGGGGAGAGACUCCCCCACUCACAUUGAGGGGACCCCCCUGUGAUCCCCAGAGCUCCUAUUGGUUAUUUGUUUGGUGUCUGAUCACAUGCUGUUUCACUCAAAGAACCAAAAUCUUUACAGAUGUCCCGAUCCUCAAGGAGUAGUUCAGGAUUUGUAGAAGCGCAGCUGCCAGCAGAGACAAGUGAAAAAACGUUCAUAUCUUGACAACACUGCACAACUGUGUCUUACUGUUAGACAACAGAAAACACACCAAUAUUCAAAGAGAAGAUUAAAAAUUCAUUUGACAGAGAGACAGUGGCUGUUGGUCCACUGCUGCCUCUUGUGGAUAACUUGUGUCACUUGAGUAAUUCAACAUGACAUUUAAGCCUCGUGAUGGAGGCAACGGUGGAUCGACUCCCAUGUGCAGCGAUAUAGAAUCACUGAAUUUCUUUGUGCUUAAAGGAUGGUGAGUGAUGUACAAACCUGAGGCUUCUGUUAAAAAUGCUGCUAAACAGUGAGAUUAAUCUGAGAAUGUCUCAAAUUAGCAGAGUUUUGCUGGUUAAUCUGCAGGUGGUCAUGAGUCUGUUUGAGUUCAACAGCAGGGAGAUGUGUUUGAGACAAAACCUGAACUAGCUCUUUUACUGAAAAGAUUUUUUUUAUUUUAUUUUAAAGUUUCACUUUCAGGGUCGCUUGUUUUUCUCAGGAAAAAAAACAAGUGCAAUGUUAUUUCUUUGUCAGUCAGUUCCAGGUGAGAAUAUAUGAACAAAAAUGUUAACGUAAAUGUUUCUUAAGUCUUAAUAAAAAACCUCUGGGCAAAAGUUGAACCAGAAUAAACCAGAAGUUUAUUCUCCAGAAGUUUAUUCUCAACAAUAUUUAACUAAUCAAGGCAUGGGCUUUUUUUUUGUUUUUGUUUUUUUGUUUUUUCAAUACACCGGACACCUUGAUCUUCAAGGCAGGCAGGCUGCUGACCUGUCCUGUCAGGGCAAAGGACACGUUUCCUGGCCAUUGGAGAUACUGAAACUUUUGCACAGUACUGAACAUGGUGUUAAAGUCCUUCAAAAUGUCAGAUUUAUCCUGGGAAAACCCCUGUGAGAACACCUGAGGCCUUCACACUCAGACAGAAAGAACUCCACCAGGUGCCAUCACUGUGUCUGUUUAUGCUGUUUACUUUGUUUGUGUCUUUUAUUCACUAAGUUUGUCUGUUCUGUGUCUGUGCUGGACAUAAAAAACAUAUACUUUGAUAUUUUGCUUUCUCCCAUCAGACAAAUGCACUUUUGGAUUUACUAUUAAAUGCAAUAAAAAUAUUUUAAAAUCCAAUUGAAUGUGGCACGU